AUGGACAGAUUCUGGAGUGCUCCUCCUGUGACCCGAACGAUUGUGGCCGCAAUGUUUGUAGAAUCUGCUCUUGUUUAUGGAGGUCUUCUGGGCUUCGGACGUAUUUACUAUCAAAACUCCCUCGCAUUCACAUUCCCUCCAGAGCUGUGGCGUCUGCUUUCCGCCUUCCUCUUGACAGGGCCAGAUUUCUCCUUUGUCAUUGAUCUGUAUUUGAUGUAUACAUAUGCCUCUGGAUUGGAACUGAAUUCACCCCGGUUCGGCCAACCUGGAGAUUUCUUCACCUAUGUCUGGUUUGUGGGAACCAUCAUUUGGUUGACCUCAGGAGUUCUCCUAAGUGGCUAUAUCUUCACUUCUGCACUCAUGUUAGCAUUUAUGUACACUUAUGCCCAAGACAACCGUGGCAAGAAGGCGCAUUUUAUCGUCCUUCAAAUUCCCGUCGAGCUACUUCCAUGGGCUAUGCUUCUGCUGACCCUGGUCAUGAACGGCUUUGCGGCAGCGAUGUACCAGGGUAUGGGUAUCAUUGCAGCUCAUCUGUAUGAAUUCCUCACCCGCCUGUACCCAACAUUCCAGGGAGGACGGAACUAUAUCCAAACCCCAGGUGCUAUCAAGCGGUAUUUUGGGGCGGAUAGGAGUUCCUUUGCUCACAAAGCAUAUGGGUCGACCUUCAGAGCUGGACAGAAUAUACCUCAGCAACAGACAGGGGGUUGGACAAGCGGCUUCUCGAGUGGUUGGAGCGGCCGAGGCGCUGGCAGGAGGUUGGGAGGAGAUUGA